AAUUGUGACUUCUCAAGAUCCUGUUCCGAUUCACAGGUCAUGACAAGCUAUCAUAUGGACAUUUCCAUAAGCAGGGGAGAAGCGAAACCUGUAACGACAACGCUGGAAGCAGCACUCGUGGCUGAUCAUUGGAAUGAAACUGAAAUGGUGAAACUUGAAGAGAAGUACAAGAAGCUAAGCGACAAGAUUCUGUCUUGGGAAGAGAAGAGGAAGAAGAAAACGAGGAGAAAGCUGGAAGGGACAGAGGGGCAUGUGGAAAAGAGAAAGAUGAAUGCUUUGUAUAAGUUUAGGGAAGAAGUCGGACACAUAGAGAAGAUUGCAGCAGAUGCAAGAGGACAUGCCAAAGAGACCAGAAAGAACGAAGAGUUGAAGGUUAGAGAGAAAGCUAACAUGAUGAGAGCAACUGGCCGACUUCCACCCUCAUGCUUCUGAUCCCUACACCACUGAUGUAAAACUGUUACAUUUAUCAUAAGAGGAAUUGUCAAUUUCCAACACAGACAUUAUCGUUUCUAAACGAAAUCAUCCGAAACUUGUACAGUAAGAUCACAAAUACAAUGUUCAAGCAUGCAAUAAAAGUGUUUCCAUUUACCUGAA